GUCGGUAUGGGUGCGCUGCGGGGCUUUGCUGGAGCCGCGACCAGUGCUUGCCUGUCCCCGGUAGCGCGCGGAGCUGCUGGGUGGUGAGGAAAGCGGCUGCAAGAAAGAAGAGCAGCGGCAGCAGCAGCAGCGGCAGCAGCAGGAGGAGAAAAGCGGGCGGGAGGUGGCCAGAGUGGGGUCUUCGGAGACUGUAGCUGUUGCCCUUGGGCCAGUCUCUCCAAAGCCGGGGAAUCAUGGCAUCUCUGGUCCACACAGUCCUGGAGAAUGGGCGCAUAGCUGCCGGGCUCCUGCUCAACCUGCUGGUCUCCAUCUGCAUUGUUUUUCUUAACAAAUGGAUCUAUGUGCACUACGGCUUCCCCAACAUGAGUCUGACCCUGGUGCACUUCGUGGUGACUGGGCUGGGCUUGUACAUCUGUCAGAAACUGAACAUUUUUGCCCCUAAAAGUCUGCAGCCCUCCAAGCUGCUGUUCCUGGCCCUCAGCUUCUGUGGGUUUGUGGUCUUCACCAACCUCUCUCUCCAAAACAACACCAUAGGCACCUAUCAGUUGGCCAAGGCCAUGACCACCCCUGUGAUCAUAGUCAUCCAGACCCUGUUCUACAAGAAAACCUUCUCCGCCAAAAUCCAACUCACUCUGAUACCCAUAACUCUAGGUGUCAUCCUAAAUUCUUACUACGAUGUGAAGUUUAAUUUUCUUGGAAUGUUGUUUGCUGCUCUCGGGGUGGUAGUUACAUCCCUUUAUCAAGUGUGGGUAGGAGCCAAACAGCAUGAGCUGCAGGUGAACUCCAUGCAGUUGCUGUAUUACCAAGCACCAAUGUCAUCUGCCAUGUUACUAAUGGUCGUGCCCUUCUUUGAACCCGUAUUUGGGAAAGGAGGAAUCCUUGGACCCUGGUCAUUUUCUGCCUUGCUUAUGGUGCUGCUAUCUGGUAUAAUAGCCUUUAUGGUAAAUUUAUCAAUAUACUGGAUCAUUGGAAAUACUUCACCAGUCACGUAUAACAUGUUUGGACACUUCAAAUUCUGUAUUACCUUAUUUGGAGGAUAUGUCUUAUUUAAGGAUCCACUGUCAGUUAAUCAGGGACUUGGCAUUUUAUGCACAUUAUUUGGCAUUCUAGCCUAUACUCAUUUUAAACUUGGUGAGCAGGAAGGCACCAGGAGCAAAUUGGUACAGCGUCCUUAAGGGAGUUUUCAGAGAGAAAAUAUAAUUGCCUCAGGCAGUUGAAAAGUGUUACCAAAUGUGCACUGAUCUUUUUUUAUAAUAAGCAAAAAAUUAAUUUCAAAAGCUACCACAAUAAAUUCUACUACCAGGAUACAAAAAUAAAGCUUAUUUUUAUGUGUUAAAA